AUGGCUCUGUCGGUCCGGGUCCUAAUAGCGCUGCUGCUCUGCGGCUCCCGCCUCGUGACCGCGGCCGAGCGCGCGCGGCCCAACGUCAGCGCAGGCGGCAACGGCACGAGGGCUCCGAACCAGUCCUCCGCUGGCCGGACACCCGAACACCACCUGCCCGCCUAUAUGAUGCACCUGUACCGACACUUCAGGAUAGAUCGGUCCCAGUAUUUGCUGAAGCAGGGAUCCUUGGAGAGCGCGGACACAGUCAGAAGUGUAGUUGCCAAAAGUUUAUUUCAAAGGGGCAAGCACUGGAUUGCUACCUUUGACUUCUCCUUCUUGCUGUCUGAUGAGCAGUUUAUGAUGGCCAAGCUGAGAAUAAGGAUACCACAGACCACAGAUGUAAAAGACAUGAAGGUGGAAAUCACUCAUCAUCAUGAGUACCCCUGCCAAAGGAGUGCAAUCUGUCAUGAUCAUCAGUCACUGGGACUGCUGACUGGGUCAUCCAUCAUUGACUCUUCUAGAAGGUGGAAGGUGUUCAGUAUCACGACUCUGCUCUUCUUCUGGCUGAAAGGAAAACUUGAGUCCAAUGAAACAAACCCAGUGAUGGAAAAUGAAGAUCUGCCUGACCUUGAUCUUGGCCACUCAAGGGGCUCUGAAGUCAUGAAUGACAGGGCAGUAAUUCUGGUCUUCUCUCAUGUGCAUCCAGAGAAAGGCUUCCAGAACACAGCCAGCCUGCUCCACACGGCCGAACAAUCAAAGUUCCUGUCCAGCAGUGAAAAGACGAACAUUGGGCGCCCGAAGAGGCACAAACGCCACAAAGGACCCCCAGACCACCCACUGGAUCGAUUCAUGGUGCCCAACCAAGGUGACGGUACAUCUUUAUGCCACCGAGUGGACCUGUACAUUGAUUUCAACUACAUCGGUUGGGGUGCGUGGGUCAUCUCUCCCAAGCGGUACAAUGCCUACCGCUGUGAAGGAACAUGUUCUAAUCCAGUUGGAAAGCAGUUCCGUCCAACAAAUCACGCCUAUAUGCAGAGUCUUCUGAAGUCCUUACAUCCUGAUCGGGUUCCCUCAAUCUGCUGUGUGCCCACCAAGAUGAGCCCCAUGAGCAUGGUCUACUUUGAAGGAGGGGAGAUGAUGGUCCGGCACCACGAGGACAUGAUUGUAGAUGAAUGUGGCUGCAAGUAA